CACGAAUAACAGGCAAGAGGCCAGUCGUCCAGCACGGCCCACGACGGCAGCAGCCACACGGAGGAGCCGAGUCAAGGCGUCAGUCCGUUCAUCUGCCUCACUGCCGCGUGAUACAAGCCUGUUCCAUCGUCCCCUUCAGGUGAUUCAACUCCUCCACUUCCAUCAUGUGUGACGAAGACGCCACCGCGCUGGUCUGCGACAACGGCUCCGGCCUCUGCAAGGCUGGUUUCGCUGGUGAUGACGCUCCCCGAGCCGUGUUCCCCUCCAUCGUCGGUCGCCCUCGUCACCAGGGUGUGAUGGUGGGCAUGGGUCAAAAGGAUGCCUACGUCGGCGACGAGGCACAGAGCAAGCGAGGUAUCCUGACUCUCAAGUACCCCAUCGAGCACGGCAUCAUCACCAACUGGGACGACAUGGAGAAGAUCUGGCACCACACCUUCUACAACGAGCUUCGCGUUGCCCCUGAGGAGUCCCCCACACUGCUGACUGAGGCUCCCCUCAACCCCAAGGCCAACCGUGAGAAGAUGACUCAGAUCAUGUUCGAAACCUUCAGCUGCCCCGCCAUGUACGUGGCCAUCCAGGCUGUACUGUCCCUGUACGCCUCAGGCCGUACUACUGGCAUCGUGCUGGACUCUGGCGAUGGUGUAUCUCACACUGUCCCCAUCUAUGAAGGUUACGCUCUUCCUCACGCCAUCAUGCGUCUUGACUUGGCUGGCCGUGACCUGACAGACUACCUAAUGAAGAUUUUGACAGAGCGUGGCUACUCCUUCACCACCACAGCUGAGCGUGAGAUCGUCCGUGACGUUAAGGAGAAGCUUUGUUAUGUCGCUCUGGACUUCGAGAGUGAAAUGGCUCAGGCUGCUGCUUCCACCUCACUGGACAAAUCUUACGAGCUGCCCGAUGGUCAGGUCAUUACCAUCGGCAACGAGCGUUUCCGUGCUCCUGAGGCUCUCUUCCAGCCUUCCUUCCUGGGUAUGGAAUCCGUGGGCGUUCAUGAAACAGUACACACAUCCAUCAUGAGGUGUGACAUUGAUAUCAGGAAGGAUCUCUAUGCUAACACUGUCAUGUCUGGCGGCACCACCAUGUACCCUGGUAUUGCUGACCGCAUGCAGAAGGAAAUCACUUCCCUCGCUCCCUCCACCAUCAAAAUUAAGAUCAUUGCUCCUCCUGAGCGCAAGUACUCUGUUUGGAUCGGUGGCUCCAUCCUGGCUUCUCUGUCCACCUUCCAGGCCAUGUGGGUAACGAAGGAAGAGUACGAUGAAUCAGGUCCUGGUAUUGUGCACCGCAAGUGCUUCUAAUUGUUGAAACUAGAUAACUUAAUCCAAGUCUUCCAUAAAUUAUUAAAUUAAUGUUUUCUUCUUAUCCUUUGUUUUCUGUUGUUGUUGACGAUGCUGUUGUUGUCCAUUAUUUACGUGUUCGACUCGAAUCAGAGACUGGAAUAAACAACAAAUUGUGAAAGAAAUUUUAGUGGCAUGUGUCUUAUUCCGGAAAUAUAUAUAAGUUAAAACUCGGCCACAUUAACCUGCUCCCUUCCUGCCCGCCACCUCUCAUCCAGUCUCUCCAUCAUCAGUGUGAGAAUGUCAAAUUAUUUACAAUAACGACACAGCAAUUUAUGUAAACUGAAAAGGAAAAACAAAAAUCGUUAUAAAGUUCACGUUGUUGUAGAGUUCUCAAGUAAUCUUUUUCUCACAAAUUUUAUCUACAUAUACAUAUGCAUCAGAAAAAUUCCUCUGAAAGAUCUGUCACGGUAAAAGAGAGAAAAAAAAAACUUUUUUCUCUGAACGUUAAGCCAAACUGAGUACAGUAUGUUCUAAUUACGGUGAGGAAGAGACGGGCAGACAGAGAUGAUGAUUUAAACAGCUUUGCUAUUGGACAUGCAAACCUCUUUACUUUAUUCUUUGUCAAUAAAUUUUACGAGCGAAA